ACCCUUCUUUAUCUUCAACAAAACCAAUCUUUCAUUUGUUCUUCUGCACAAUCUCUCAUACUUCUAUAUCUCCCUCUCCUUUCACAAGGAAGGGCGUAGAAGAUACCAAAAAACUCAAGCACAAGAGUAAUAAUAUAACUCAUCUAUACAAAAAAAAACUAUACAAAAUGGGUGAUGUUAAGUUGUUAUUCAUCUUUGGCCUCUUGGUUUUAGCCAUGGUAGCCAAAUCUGUCAAUGCAACCUAUCCAUUAACUAAAUCUUGCAUCAACGGGCAAGGUUGCAUCGGGGACGAUGAUGAACUCGAAUCUCUAAUGGAUUCAGAGACAAACCGUCGUCAGCUUGCUAGAGGACGUCGUUACAUUGGAUACGAUGCUCUCAAAAAGAACAACGUGCCUUGCAAUAGACGUGGCCGAUCUUACUAUGAUUGCAAGAAGAGGAGAAGGAACAAUCCUUACAGGCGUGGAUGCAGCGCGAUCACGCAUUGCUAUAGGUACGCUAAAUGAGAAACAAAAUGAUAGAGAGGAGGGGAGGAUUUGACUCAGCACGGUUCGAUCUUCAUUCACUCCUCAUUCCUGAUCGUUAAUAAUUUUCUUUCUUAACGUACCAUGUGUUAUACGUUUGAUUCAUUUUAUAUUUACUUUUGUUCUUUUUUUUUGUUUAUCUAUUUCAUCAUGAUGCAUAUAAGCUUUUGAUUCAUUUAUAAUCGCCUCUUUUCCUUUGUUGUUGUCCUUGUGUUUCGUUUCGUUCAUAUAUUUAAGUUCCGUUUGUCUAUUAUACAUCAUGAUGUUCUUAGUAAAAUUAAGCAUUUGUUUUUAAAUGAGGGCCCAAGUUGGAACCUAUU